CACGCGCAUGCGUUGUAUAUUGAGUUUGGCGCGCGGGACUAUCCAAGAAAGACGUCAACAGAAACAACGUGCGGCUGUUAUCCCUGCUUCACUGUCAUAAAACGUUUUAGAUUUUAUUUAACUAAAUUAUUUACGAGCUGCCAUGAUGUGGAAUCAGGGAGGGUACACCGCAACGAGUACGGUCGGAGGGUACACACAGUCUCCUGGAGGCUUUGCGUCACCGUCCCUAUCCCAGGGAGGAGACAAGAAAGGGAGAACUCGUGCCAACCAGAUUAUCCCCUGCACAGUAUCACAGCUGAUGUCUGCUGCUCAGGCUGACGAGGCUUUCCGAGUAGGAGAUGUGGAGGUUGCCCAGGUGACCAUUGUGGGUGUUAUCCGGAGCACAGACAAAUCCAUGACCAACAUCCAGUACAAGGUGGAUGACAUGACCGGUGCUCCCAUGGAUGUGAAGCAGUGGGUGGACACAGAGGACCCCAGUGUGGACAGCACUGUCCUGCCCCCAGGCACAUAUGUCAAAGUCUCCGGCAAUCUGCGCUCCUUUCAGAACCACAGAUCUGUUGUGGCGUUUGGUGUCAGGCCCCUGGAGGAUAUGAAUGAAAUCACCUCACACAUGCUAGAGGUGGUGCAAGCUCACAUGGCGCUCAACAAAUCCCAAACCAUGCCCGCAGCAGGAGGAAUGAACAGCAAUGUCACACCCAUGUCACGACCUGACACAGGAAGCAUGGGAGGUAGCUAUGUGGGUGCUAUGGAGAUGAACAACGGGCUAAGCGGUAAUCAGAAUCAGGUGUUGUGUUUGAUAAAGAGCUGUCCGGACGCACAGGGCAUCAGCAUCCAGGAGCUCAAGCAGAGACUGAGUGGCAUCAGUCUGGCUGUCAUCAAGCAAGCAGUGGAAUUCCUAAGCAAUGAAGGACACAUCUUUUCCACCAUCGAUGAAGACCACUACAAAUCAACAGACAACGAUGAAUAGAUCUCCUUAGCACCUGUUGGGUUACUUUUUUUUGGAUUAAAUAGUAUAGAUUUUAUAGCACAAAGCUAACAGCUAAAUAUAAAACUCUGGUGCAACCUUGUAGGUCUCUCUUACUGUUCUGUGGUUGGUGUUAGUUGAAGAUCACAUGGUUAAGGUUUGGUGGGGUUAACACAUCCUGCAUCCCUGAAGACGCUUCUGCUACUCUGUGAAAUCUCCCCCUUUUCUUUCUAAAGCUUUUUGUACUUUUAAAGACUUGGAACACAAGCACUCAGUUUAUUAUUGUCUCUGUAACGAACCUUUUGCCAGAAUAAAAAGACUUCACGGAAA